AUGCAGCUGCCGUGCCGGAGCUGGGCGCUGGCGCUGCUCACCCUGCUCGUGGGCUUCCUCAUCUUCGUGGACAUCUCGGAGCUCGAGGAGGAGGAGACCGGGAAUUCUGGAGGCAGAGGUACAAUCAGAUCAUCUGUGAACAGCUUACAUAGCAAAUCUAAUAGAGCCGACGUAGUAAUAAAUGGCUCUUCAUCUCCAGCUGUUGUUGACAGAAGUAACGAAAGUAUUAAGCACAUUAAACCAGCUUCAUUCAGAUGGAGACACAACCAGACACUCUCUUUGAAGAUCAGGAAACAGAUCUUGAAGUUCCUGGAUGCAGAGAAGGACAUCUCGGUGCUGAAAGGGACCUUGAAGCCCGGAGACAUCAUCCACUACGUCUUUGACAGGGACAGCACCAUGAACGUCUCCCAGAACCUCUAUGAGCUACUGCCAAGGACGUCGCCCCUGAAGGGCAAGAACUUCCGGACCUGCGCCAUCGUGGGCAACUCGGGGAUCCUGCUGAACAGUGGCUGCGGGAGAGAGAUCGAUGCUCACAGCUUCAUAAUCAGAUGUAAUCUGGCCCCUGUUCAGGAAUAUGCCUGGGAUGUGGGGAUGAAGACAGACCUUGUGACUAUGAAUCCCUCUGUCAUCCAGCGUGCCUUCGAGGACCUGGUGAAUGAGACCUGGCGGGAGAAGCUGCUGCAGCGCCUCCACAACCUCAAUGGCAGCAUCCUCUGGAUCCCCGCAUUCAUGGCCAAAGGGGGCAAGGAGCGCGUGGAGUGGGUCAACGAGCUCAUCCUCAAGCACCGCAUCAAUGUCCGCACCGCCUACCCCUCGCUGCGCCUGCUGCACGCCGUCCGAGGGUACUGGCUAACAAACAAAGUGCACAUAAAACGACCAACCACUGGCCUGCUCAUGUACACCCUGGCCACCCGCUUCUGCAACAGGAUCUAUCUCUAUGGCUUCUGGCCUUUUCCCCGGGAUCAGAACCAGAACCCGGUCAAAUACCACUACUAUGACAGCCUGAAGUAUGGCUACACCUCCCAGGCCAGCCCUCACACCAUGCCCUUGGAGUUCAAAGCCCUAAAGACGCUGCACCAGCAAGGAGCCUUGAAACUGACUGUCGGAGUGUGCGGUGGGGCCACGUAAGACAGGCUUCUGUGGCUCACGUUCCUGCAGGCUAUACACCCGUGGGAGAAAGGGGGAGUGGGAGGAAAGGCUGAGCAGUGGCUAGUGGGGUUGGUUUUCUUUGUUAACGUGCAGAACAGUGACAAAAAUAUAUAUACGUGGUGCCUAUAUAUAUUGACCUGAGUAUUAUAACUGUUUGGUGUUCGGUGACAGACAAGUUACAGGAGAGUCAGAAGCUGCUGCCUGGGCUCGAGGCUUUGCCUGGGGCUGGUUAGGCUCAGAAAGAAGAUAGUUCUACAACGUCAAAAAUGCUUGAAGGUCACCUUCGUUCUUCAGAGUGCUUGAGGGUGAUGGAUAAACAUUAGGCCAUGUGUGUGACCGGUCCAAGGUGGGUAGUUAGGGUCUAUUUGGCCAAGAACCCAGGUACUGGCACUUCUCAGUAUUCUUGGCUUAGUGCUAAUAAUGGGGUUGUGGGGGGAGCGGGGAGGGAGCUUUUGUUUGUGGCUAAACAGCUGAGAGGUUGCCUGAGUGACUGGACAGGAACUGAGACAUGCAGCAGAGCGCCGUGGUCCCUUCUCUGCAGCAGAGCUACCUUACUGCCUCCCGGUGAAUGGCCCACGACAUCAUCCAGAUGGUCACCAGUUCAGAUCUAUCCCACGUGGUUUGGUGAGAAGGAUGCUGCAAUCAGAGCAGCCUGUUUGGAAAGACCACUGGACUCUGGACAGAGCCCUUGAGAUGCAGCGUGAGACUCACCCUAGUGACUGACUCCAGGAGACACCAGAGGGGGGUCUCAAAGGCAGGCUGAUUUGAAUGAUGUUUGCUGUCAAAGGAGUUCCAGGAGCAGGAGACAACACAGGGGCUAGUGAAGAUCAGACUGGGCUGAUGGUCUCAGAAGGACGCUGUGUUUGUUUUUUAAUUCUUCUCCUACACAACUAAGAGAAAAAGCAAAACCUCUGGAACGUACCAAGUGGGCAAACCAGUGCAGUCAGUGCUAAGUCUUACACUGUGCUGGAGUCAAAGGGACCCAGCAUCUGCCAGAGCUCAUGAAAACCAUAAGCACAUUGUAACUCUUGGUUCCCAAUCACUACCUGUUAAACAGCCGUUUCUCCUUCCUACUCCAAAAUUCAUAAUGGGCCUAAGUCUCAUCUAAGUAGAAAGCUCAAAAGUGAGGGUUUAAAAGGACCCUGUCAACAUUAAAUCAUACAAGUGACAUUCAUGUCUGAGCAGAGAACCACCUGUGGACUACUUAAGACCCAGCUAAUCUUUAUUUUGAAGACUUAGGUAGGACUUAAGUGCUACUGUAUAUAGCUAUCAAGCUGGCCCUCUGCACACGGGUGAAUUUCACCCAUAGUUUAAAUAAAUCAGUCCCUUCCCUGCGUUACUAUUACUGCUUACAGUAAAAUGAGUGACGUCGUUCUUAAAAAAACAAGUUUGCUUUCCACUUUUUUUAUUUGUUUGUUUGUCAGUGAGACUAGAUUGAUCUGGUUAGUCAAUUUCACUUCCCAUUUCUAUUCCAGUUUCCUUUCCUAACUCUCCUUUGGCAGCAGAAAGCAGUUGGUUUGGGGUACAAAGAAUACAGAAGGUUUAAUUUCAACUACAACAGUAACAAAGGGCAUUACAGAAUUUUGUCUUUAAUUGUGAAAGAGUUCCUGUUUGUAUUAGGUUUUUUGUUAUCUACAUGCCUACAUCGUGGGGUUAAACUACUUGACAUUGUCCCUGUGAAAUCUGAGUGCCGGCCUCCAUAACUUUUAAAAGAUAAAACUAUGUCAUGUUUAUGAACAAAAAAUUGCCAUGCCUGUAAGACUGUCUAGUCUACUAAUUAGUGUUCGACCUGAUUCACAUUAAGGUGCAGGUAGCCAUUAUGGAUUAACCUGCCUGUAGGAGAAGUUCCUUCCUAACCCAAGGAAAUUAUAUCCCUUUUUUUAUUUUUAGGCCCAGAUUUUUAAAUUCAUCUUGAUAUUCUGAGUAUACAUCCUACCUUGUACCUUAAUAUAAUUACUUGUAUUUUUUGAGAGAUGGGAAGAAAUUAAAAAGAAAGCAACAUCAAAAACCAAAUCUGUUUUAUGAUCAUGAGAGGCUUUACCCAACUGAGUAAUGAAUGGUCAUUCAAGACAGACCAUCUCCUCCGCCAUUUAUGCCCAGCUAGGAGGCCGUGGUGGCUAAAGGUGAAGCCACGGAUUCUGAACCUCAGCUCCUUACCUUCAGCGAGUGGCCCGAGGCCAGGUAUCGAUUGCUGUUACCAUCUCUUUUUUCAGAAAUAAAAUAAAUGGUGUGAUUUUUAUUUUUAAACUGAUUAGAAAAUAAAAAGCUGCAGUGCCAUACCUGGCACCCUUGUCUGUGCCAUGUCUGUGGCAGUAACACAGCCUGGUUUCCUUGCGGUGGAGAUGAGGGUCUUGGAAGGGAAAGUGAUCGCUUGCCUUGCUAAAAGGGAGGUGUGGCUAUUACGUAAAGGUCUUCCUGUGAGAUAUUUUAAAACACCUGCAAAGCCUCAAGAGGUCUAGCCAAGGGCAUUACAUAACAGGGGGCUUUUUAAAAAAAACAAAAUGCAUUUUUGUUUUCCUGGUCCACAUGUAACAGCUCCUGAGCUUGCUGUUUGGUUGAAUCAAAGCACAUGCCAGUUGUACACAAAGCGACUCAUCAGGCAGAGUAGCCCCGUGACACUGCUGCUCCUGGAAUGGACCCCAGCCAUUCACUCUUGAAACAAAAUGCAUUAAACCAGGGGUGAAAUUCUGCUCAUAUUUACUCCAUGGCAAAUCUCCCCAUUCUCUUCAGUGGGAUCAGGUUUAGUGGUUUAAAACAAUGACUCUGCUUUACACAAUAAUCACCUGCAACAAUCAUAUCUAGGUUCUGCCAGUUAUAAGUUAUUUGUGUGCACAAAAGGAUCUGGAAAGACUCCCAUUGGCUUUACUAGGUUUGGCCCUAAAGCCCCAUCCUGGGAAACAUUACUCAGGAUCUUGCCCCCUCUAGGCAGCUCUCACAUGACAUCUGAACAGUUGCCGGGCCAGCUCCAAUGGACAGCGGUAGCCAAUGAGUUGAAAAACUCACUGAAAACCUCUGUUACCAUCCCUGCUUUACCUAAAGGGCUAGGCCAACUGGCACAAUAACACCCCAGCACUGACCCAGCAUCUGAGCCUAGACAAGCCAAUACAGCAGGUUGGCUUUUUGUUAGAUGAUAUGGGAACGACUGAGUUUCACAUUUGCCUUCCCCUCUGCAAUGGCUGCUAUUAGAUGGAUGCAGUUUGGAUUUCUCAGUCAAAUGGGGUGUGGGGGCGUGGGUCUUAAUAAAUUCUUGCUGCUGCUGCUUGGAACUGCGCAGGAAGCCAUCACACCAGAUGUCACUGGGACCAACCUGCUCCAGGAGGCUGCUGCUUGAUAAAUUUCUUCAUGCCUAAUUAAGGCUCCUCUUCCAAAGAGAAUGAAACAAAAAGUUUAUUGAUGCUGCUCAGAUGGGAAUCCAGGCACGUGUGUUGCACGAUGAAUGUCCUUAAUAACCUCCCAAAUGACAGCAGCAGCUUCCCACACAGGCUGGCAUGCGCUCGCAUUCUACUCCUGGCUGUCUUUUCCCUUUUUCUCUCUUGCUCUCCAUCUCUGUCUGGUUCCAUAUGUGGGUCUGGCCCCCUUUUAUCUCUCAUCUCGCCCCCGCCCCAUGAAAAAGGACAUUUCAAACCUCUCUGCAACUUGUACCAGCAUUUUCUGUAAUAACCUGGAGUGGGUUUUUUUUACUAUGGCUAGUGUAAAAGUGAACACACUUUCUACAGACCAAAAUAAAAAACCCAGAACAGCUGCUAAAACGGAACGGAAGUGGCAAGUGCAUAGUGAAGGGUUUGUUACACGUCUCUAUGCUAGGAAAUGGAACUGGUGGCUCUUUGCGUUGUGUGAAAAAAUACUUCUUUUUGUUUGUUUUAAACCUGCUGCCUAUUCAUUUCAUUUGGUGGCCCCGAGUUCUAGUGUUAUGAGAAGGAGUAAAUAACACUUCCGUAUUUACUUUCUAUACUAGUUAUGAUUUUUAUAGACCUCUAUCAUCGCAUAUAAAAGCAAUUUAACACACUGCUUGUGUAGCCAGGACUAAACCAUUGUCAGCACUGUUACAGAAAGCUCAGUUGAUUGUUGGUUUCACCUGCACUAGAAGUGACACCAUUUCUCAGCCAUGGGGUUAAUUGCUGAGAUCAACUCUUAAUAAUGAGACAGUCUCCCAGUGUAGAUGGAGCAGGGCCUUAAUGGUACAAAAGAAAUACUCUCGCAUGGUAUUAGUGAAUGGUGCCAACCUCAUAGUGCUGGAGCAGCAAGUUCUCAGUCACCACGAGUGCAGCAGCACAAGGCAAAAGCUAUCCCAGCCCUGACCUCUAGCAAUGAAAGGGGACUUAGUGCUCUAUAAUCGUUCCAGUCCUUGGUGUCUGAGUUGAUGCCCCACAAGACAGCCAAUCAAAGCCAGCUGAGGUGGUGGUUUUCUGACCUUGAUCUUUCGGUACUUGGAAUUGAACUCACACCAUCAAAAUGCUUUUACAUAGACUGCCAAAAGGCCAGCAAAUGGUAACAAGUUUUGAGUGCUACUGACCUAGGCUGGAUUUGAAUUUGUGGUACAGAGAUGAAAGGCUCCAUAUCAUUUAACUACUCACUUGAGUUAUCCAGGCACCCUUAAAGCGGACUCUGGCAUGCCAGCCGUGCAGGAUUCCAGCUAACACUGCGCCCCGUGCUAGUCACUGCAAGAUGGGGGAGUGGUGGAAGAUGCACUGGUCUACAAGCAAGACUGUGCAGCCAGACCAUUUCAUGGUGUAAUGGUGUGUCAUCAGCCAAAGCCAUGUGGAUGGGUGUUGUAUCAUGAACAUUAUUGUGUGUCUUGCUGAUUUUUCCUCUUUUUCCAUACUUCAUGGCUCCCGUUUCCUCUGUCAUCUGUGUCUCAGACAAGGACUGCAGGAUUUGGAUGCAGUACCCCAAAGAGCUUUGCCCUCUCCAUAUAUUUGUCUUUCUCUCAGGCAUGUUGGUCUCUAUCACAGGCUGCCUGGCCCUUUAAGGCAAGCUGGGCUCAGCCUGGCCUGUGACCUAGCAACCAAGUGAUAAUUGGCCCUAGCUGGUGUUAGGGAGGUUUCAGGGGAAGGAGUUAAGGAAGGACUAUAUAAACAGAGCUGAGAAUUAACUGCUGUGGUGGGAAAAGUUUGUAAGCCUUAGCAGAUGGUUGUGCUAAAGGCCUGCCCCUGCCAAGUGGGAGAAGGGCUGGGGAGACAGGAGUUGGAGGGCUGAAGAAAAAAAUAGGCUGAAUAUUACAGAAGUCACUCUAGAAAAUGAGGAAGAAGAAGCUAGGAAUGAAGAAUGAGUGCAAAGUAGGAAAAAGAUGAGAAAUAUCAGAAGAAGUAGGGAAUGGGGAACAAAGAGUAGGGCAGAAUGCCAAAAUAUUGCAAUUGUCAAAUUGCUGGGUAAGGAAGUGGAGAUAGGUGACAUUAAUCCUUUGCAAAUAGCUAAAUGGAUUAGGAAAAUGUUAGGGCUAUAUCAAGAGCUGGAAUAUUACAGGGUGGAGGUUUAUUAGUGGAGUGUACUGGUGAGGAGCAGGCUGAGAAACUGCUUCAAACUAAAAUUCUUGGGGAAAAUAAAAAUGCAAUGCCAGCCCCAAAAAUUUCUGACAGAAACAAGUGGGGUAAUAUAUGGGGUCCCACUGGAAAUGAUGGAGGAUAAAAUUUAAAAAGGUAUAGGUGGGUCCAGGUGCUAUUCAUCAAGCAAUUAAUUAGUAGGAGGUGGGAGAGAAUAAACCAUCAACAGGUGUGCAAAUAACACUUGGAGGAAGGGUUUUACCUGAUGGGGUAAAGCUAGGAUAGCCUAUAUUUUGGACUAACCCAUACAUUCCUCAACCUUUGAGAUGCUACAAGUGCCCAAAAUUUGGCCAUGUGACAGAUGUGUAUAAAGGGAAACACAAGAUAUGGUAAAUGUGUAGAGGAGCAUUCAUAUGAACCUGUGGGGAUAAGAACAGUAGCUUAUGGAGGAUUCAUGGUAGCUAAACAGGCUAGGAAGAUGCAAAGAACCAGGAUUACCAACAAGAUAUCUUAUGCAGAAGCUGCUAAAGGGCAUUCAAAGUGACAGAUGGGGAUGGAGGAGAAAACCAAUAAGGGGAAGGAACCAUGGCUACAACACAAUGCUAUAAAGAAUAUGGUAAAUAAUAUAAGAGCAGUUGGGGAAGACUUAUUUGUAGACAAGGUGGAAUUUGUAGCAUUUAGGGUAGAAGUAAUCAACUGCACUUCACAAACAGAAAGAAUACAGAUAAUAAAAGCUGCAGGAAAGUAUUUGCAUGUUAAUGCAAUUUUGUGUGAGGGCAAUACUGCAGUUUAACUAAUAUAGUGCUAAAAGAAAUUGUGGGAAUGUGUGACACUUAAUACCACAUGGUCAGGAACUAAAGAAGACUCUUUUUGAAAUGAAGGACAAGCCUGAUGUUAUAAUGUAUACUGGAAACAUAUUUAAUGGAACUUUAAAAGACAACUUUUCCAAGAUAUGGUACUGUCAGAUAUGAUAGAGAAAGAACUUAUUUUCCUUUAUAAAUUAAUGUUGAAAUAAAUGUAAAGAAACUCAGUUUUGAGUACACUACUAUAGAGAUUCCAAUGCAGAAUAAAAACACUACUUUAAGGACCUAUAAAGAUUUGGAGUGCUCAAAAUUAAAAGAGCUCACUAGAGAAGUAAAAGGUCCAUAUAUUAUAUGUGGAGAUUUGAGUAGCCACAAUGAGUUAUGGGAAAGUGGGAAAUUGGAGCAAUAGCAAAUGUUUGGAAAAGUUUAUUGAUGAACACAAUCUGGGAAUACUAAAUAACAGCGAACCAACAAGGUUUAGCUCAGUUACUGGGUUCCUGUUCCCAUUUGGCACUGGGAAUUGCAACAAGCAAUAUAGCUAGUAAAUGUAACUGGUAAAUUAACUAGGAAGAGGGAAUGAGUAGUGAUCAUUUCCCUACAUUUAUGUACCAAGGCAAGGGUAAUAUUGAAGACACUGGAGGUACUCUUACUUGGAAUUUUAAAAGGACUGAUUGGGAGAUCUUCAGACGUAUGUGUGAUGAAUGCCUGAGUAAUAAGUAUGAAAGUGAUUAAUGUAGAGGAAUUUAGUGAUAGCACGAUAAAGGGAGUUGUGGCAGCAGCCAAAGUAGCUUUUCAUAAGGUAACAAAUUGCCCUAAAAUCAGAAACCCAGUUCUGUGGUGGAAUACGAGAUUGUAAUUUAAGAAGAAAUAAGGCAUAUAGAAAAGCUAAACUGGCAUGAACAGUGAGGACUGGACAAAAUAUGAAAGAAGAAAGGCAGUGGCACAAAAUUAAUAAGAGGACUAAACAAGAGUUGAAAGGAGUAUUAUGGGAAAAUUAAAAACAGAUACCAAGGUUCAGAGAUUUAUAAGCAAGUUAGGAAAAUGAAUAGAACAUUCAUAACAAGCAUGUUUAGCCCUGAUCCUAUUGAAGAGGAUCGAGUUAUACAUUCUAACAAAAGAAAGGCAGAAAUCCUAGCAGAAGUGUUCUGGAAAGUUAGUAUGGAGAAGAAUCAAAGUACAGAUUUUCAGGGGGUGGGGAGGAGAAAAUUUGAUCAAGAAAACUGAGAUCUUAAAUGGUUGGAGAAAUGAUGAUGAGAUACUGAACGAAAACUUCAAUAUGCAGGAACUCAGAAAAGUUAGACAAAAAUAAAAACACAGCCCCAAGUAAAGACAGUAUAUGUAAUAUAAUGCUUUCUUGAAUGCUGACCUGCAGGGAGUUUCAGGAUUUUAUUAAAAUUAUAUAAUAAUAUAUGAGAAGAAGUAAUACCAGUAGCAUGGAAGCAUCUGGUGAUAGUACCAAUAAGGAAGCCAGCCAAGUUACUUAUGAGAAUUGAUGCUUAUAGACCAAUUGUUUAUCAUAUCUUGUGUGGGUAAAGUUAUGAAAUGAGAAUGAUAAAUGAGAGGCUAGUUGCAUAGUUGGAAAAAAUGACAUCUUAAAUAAUGUGCAAAGUGGUUUUAGGGGAAGGAGAUCCAUGACUGAUCAUACUGUAAAAUUAGAAACAGGAAUACAAAAAAGUAUGAGGAACAAAGAGUAUAUAACUGUGUGGGGUUUGUGGACAUUGAAAAAGCAUGUGAUAUGUCAUGAAGGGAGGGUUUGUAUAAGUUGGUCAAGGUCGGGAUAAAAGGAAGAAUGUUUUGGUGACUAAGGCUGGUUGGUUGGUUUUUGGUUAGUUGGGGGGUUUUUUGAGUGAGAGAAGCAUACAGGUUAGAAUAAGGAAAGUCUUAUCAGGUAUCUACAAUAUUGUCAAUGACAUUCCUCAAUGGAGUGUUGUCAAUCCUACCUUGUUUAACAUUAUGAUAAAUGAUCUCCCAAAAAGUGUAAAGACCAGAAUGGGUAUUAUCUUAUUUGCAGAUGAUUGUGCUAUAUGGUUAAACGCAUGAGAAUUAAAGUGACUGGAGAAAGAAACCAAUGAAGCCCUCAGGGAGGUCUCAGGGUGGGGAGAUGAUUGUAAAUUUAAAUCCCCAAGCAUUAAAACAAAAGGAAUGGUCAUCUCUAGAAAAAAAAAUUAAAGAGAGGGCCAUAUAGAAAAUAUUACAGACAAACAGAAGAUAAGAUUAAUCUACUUUAAUGUAUUGCUGGGAUUAAUUGGGGAGCAGAUAAGGCAGUGCUGAUGAUGCUGUUUAAAGUGAUAAUAAGUCGAGUCCUAGAUUGUGGCUGUCAAGCCUUUAGCUCUGCAUCCGGGUUGAAGCUUAAAAAGUUAGAAUUAGUUCAAGUUCAAGCACUAUGAAUUGCAUGUAGUGCAUCUCUUAUGAUAUCUUUGUAUUGCUCAUGGAGAAAAACAUAUCAAUUUAAGAAUGAAAUGUUAGAUCUGACAUUUUGGGCUUAAGUCAAGGGAAACAGCACACACAAGAUAACUGAGCAAUUGAAUGUUGUGAUUUAAGCAGACAAAAUGUAGCCUGACACAAAAAACUCACUUACGCUUUUAGGGUUAAAAUGUGGGUAGAAGAGUUAAGUCAAAAGGAAGGGCUAGAAGAGAUUAAAAUUGAUAGUUAUUCGACAGUAAAUCAUACCAGGAAAAAGACCAAUGGCAUAUUGGGCUGUAUUAGUAGGAGCAUUGCCAGCAGAUUGAGGGAAGUGAUU